CCAGAGCGCGACUCUGACUUGCAGGACCUUUCUUGGUGGGCAAGACUGGGUGCCCUCUCCGCGGAGGGGCUCCCGGCGCUGUGGGCUCCCGGUCCAGGGGCGUCCUGAUGCCAGGCAGGAUGGAAGGCGGUGAGAGGCGCGGGAUCUGCGCGAGGAAACCCUGGGCGCAAAGUCCCACUUCCCAGCUAGUGUUCCCACUUAGUUCUUGUCUUUGUCUAAGGCUCUUUCCAAGCCUCCGUUUCCCCAUCUGUAGAGCCGGAGUAAAUAGCGUCCUCCCAGCAGAGUUGGGAUGGGAAUUAAACGAGGUGCCGCGCGCUCCGCGGAACGUUCGGGCAAGCAGGAGUCCUCGCACUGAGGGCAGGACCCCGCGGCCGCAUCGCCGGCAAAGUCACGCGACUCGCCAGCUGUGGGCUCAACCCCGCUUCCUGCCGCCGCCUUUCUCCCCGAAGCUGGCUUGGGGCGAGGAGCGAGAGGCCCUGCACGGGCGCCUCCCGCGCGGGCACUGGGGUUGCUCGGCCCUCCGCCCGGUCCAGCACCCCGAGGUGCCCGCGCUCCCGGAGCUGGGCGGGGCGCAGCCCACGUGACCCAGCGGGCAGCACCCGGACCUCCCCGCUGCCCUCCAGGCCCAGGCAAUCCAGAGCUCCUGCCCUGUGCCUUGCGCCCUGCUGCCCCCGUGCGCCCCGACCAGACGCCCAGGUUCGUCCAAAGCAGGGCCCGCACGGCCAGGGAAAGAGUCGCCUCAGCCUGGGACCCAUCCUUGCUGAGGACACUGGAGCUGAGGCCUUCGCUACAAACGCAGGACCUGUUGUCCGUGUAUAAAUGAGGAACCUGGGAGGGCAGAGGGAAUGGGCAGGCUGCAGAGUGCCCACCCAGUGUCAGUGCUGGAGUGACCUCAGAGCCUCUUCUUGUACCCCAGGUGUGAGCCUGACGAGGAGCCACGAUGGGGAAAAAGCUGGACCUUUCCAAGCUCACGGAUGAAGAGGCCAAGCACGUCUGGGAAGUGGUGCAGCGGGACUUUGAGCUGAGGCGGAAAGAAGAGGAGAGACUGGAGGGCCUGAAGGGCAAGGUGAAGAAGGAGAGCUCCCAGAGGGAGCUGGUUUCCGACGCGGCCCUCCUGAGCGACACCCACUGUGCCCACUGCCUGCAGCCCUACCGGCUCCUGGAGGCCCCCAAACGGCAGUGCCUGGACUGCCGCCUCUUCACUUGCCAAGGCUGCAGCCACGCCCACCCCGAGGAGGAGGGCUGGCUCUGCCACCCCUGUCACCUGGCCAGAGUCGUGAAGAUGGGCUCCCUGGAGUGGUACUAUGGGCAUGUGAGGGCCCGCUUCAAGCGCUUCGGAAGUGCCAAAGUGAUCCGGUCCCUCUGCGGGCGGCUGCCAGGAGGAGGUGGGCCUGAGCCAAGCCCAGGAGAGAGAAGUAAAGACAGUGAGCAUUCCGAUACGGAUGGAGAGCUGGACACAGGGGCUCAGACCCAUCCCCUUGGCAGCAAACUUGUGCCUGCCAAGAAAAAGCGCCUCCUCCCCAUUCACAGCCUGGACUUCGAGGCCGACUCUGACGACUCCGCGGGGUGUUGCAGUCACCCCCCGAGCCUGUCCCCAGUCCCAGCGGCCCCGGACAGCCUGCAGUCCCUCACAGGUGAGCCCUGCGCGGAGGAGGCCGCCUCCCAGGGGGCCAUGGUCCUGCAUGAGGCUGAUGCCAGGGCCUCUGGGUGCCACCCCCACCCAGAAGAGCAGACAGACAGCCUCUCCCCUGCUGGACGGGAUGCCCGCGCUGAGCUCUGCCUGCCAGGAGAGUCCUGCCCAGCAGCCCCGGGGAUCGCUGCCACUCCUGGGGCGAGCAUCGUCAGGAACGAGCAGCUCCCCUCACAGUGCCUGGCCGACGUGGACACCUCGGAUAAAGACAGCGUGCGGGCCCGCAGGGCAGCCUCCCACCUCUCCACUCAGAGCGGCCGGACCUCACCUGCGAGCCAGGGUCCCGGUGCCGGCGAGCCCACGGAGGCGGAUGUGGAGGAGGAGACCCUGAAGAGAAAGCUGGAGGAGCUGACCAGCAAUGUCAGCGACCAGGGGGCCUCGUCCGAGGAGGAGGGCAAGGACAAAGGGGCGGAGCUGGACAGGAGCACUUCCUUGGAGGACCUCCCCCGGAUGACCCCAGAGGUGUGCACGUCUGCAGGCCAAACACACAGAUGGGAAAAGAGCCCCCCUGGCCCCCAGGGCCCCAUGCAGACCGCCAGGACCCCGGACGAGGCGCUGUCGCAGCUGGAGGACAGGGUGGCCGUGACGGCCUCUGAGGUUCAGCAGACGGAGAGCGAGGUGUCGGAAAUCGAGGCCAGGAUCGCAGCCUUGCGGGCUGCAGGGCUCACGGUGAAGCCCUCAGGAAAGCCCCGGAGGAAGUCUAAGCUCCCGGUAUUUCUGCCCCGACUUGCUGGGAAAUUGGGCCAGAGUCCCGAGGACCCACCUGCAGGCCCUUCCGAUGGGGCUGAGGUGAUGGCGGGGCCCUAUCUUCUGAGGGGGAAGUUCAGCAAUUCCCCUGAAAGUCAAGGCAAAGAUGACGAGUCCUUUGAUCGGAAAUCUGUGUACCGCGGCUCCCUGACACAGAGAAACCCCAACGGCAGGAGGGGCACUGCCCACCACAGCUUUUCGAAACCUGUAAUGACCCACCAGCCCUAAGCGGGAGAGGUUCUUGGGAACAGGACAGAGCAACAGAGCAGCCCGCCUUGCUUUCCCUCCCCCACAGCCAUGAUGUCCCCGCAUCGGCCCUGCACUCUCCAUUCUACACCAUCCAGUGGAGAAACAGGAAGACACACCGUCCCUGAUGGAACCCCACCUAUGAAAUGACUAUGGUCCUCAGACCUGCAGCUGCUCACCCCCAUUCAAUGACCACUUCCCAGGCCACGAAGCCAGCCUGUUCUGAUCCAUGAGAGACAUCUAAGCUACAUGUUUCCUUCAGGACAAUGUUGUUUAAAUUUUUUGAAGGACACACAGAAAACCUAUUCAGCAAGAACUUUCACCCCAUUCACUGCUGCCUUUCUUAUGUCGAUUUCAUGAAUGGAACAGAAAGGAAUGGCAGUGUGCAUCAGAGUGUGGGCCCGGUGUGUGUGUAUUCUGUGUGGAUGUAAUUGGAGAAGGAAAUUGGGCAUCAAUACAAGGAAGGAACUGAACCCAUGAUCAGCUGAAUAAUGAGAGAGGAAUAGAGCCCCUGACACCCCCACACAUAUAUACCUAUUCUGCAAGUUCAUCUGUGGGUCACAGACUGGGAGACAUUACCCUCUGGUCAAGGGCAGAGCAUACACAUGGUAGGAGUGGCAUAUGAUCAGUGCCCAGACACAGACCUAGAGGACCUGUGGGGAGAGGCGGUGAUGGCAAUGUACAUGGGGCAGCAGCCCGGGGCCCAGAGGGCCAGGACCAGUGAGUGGUGCCCGCCGGCCUCUUGCCAUAAGCUCCAUAGAUGAGCCCUAAGUUCACCACCUCAGACAGGCUAGGAUUCAGGGCUACGUCUGGGUGUCUGGGUGGCUCUUUCAGUUGUAAGAGGAGCCCACUGUGGGCCUCCAGAGCUGCCUUUGAGCACAGAAACUAACCACGUCGCCCCAUCCCACGCCUGGCUGUGGUUUUGUAGGCUCCCUGGUUUAUUUAAACUUCAGGUCAAAUUUAAGCCUGUUUUGCAGAGGGGGACAUGGAGCCCUUGGUGCGAGGCAGUGCCCUGGAGCUGCUGCUGUGAUUUCUAUACUCUUGCAGUGAUGCUGGGUGAGCUUCAACCUGGCACUCUCAAUGGGUGUCUUGUCCAGUUCACAUGGUACCCAAAAGAGGAAGAUGGAGAAGUGAUGCCCAAGGGCCUUUGAUGAUGAGACUUCUGACCUGACUGUGGGCAAGUCCCACCCACAGCUGCACAGAUUCCACCCUGAGCCAUUGUCAGGUCACCACAGGGGUUGCGUCCAGGACAGCUCCCGGUGCAAAGGCAGCCUCCAGGGGACGGAAUGAGCCAGCCUCAGGCUAUGCUGGGAUUGGUGGAAAAGGUGGACCUGUGGCCCCUUCUCAGAACGGAGGCUGGUUAAAGGGUGUUGCUCCCAAGUCAAUGCUACAAAUGAUUAAAAGGUUCCUGUAAGUGAAGGGAGGCCAGUUUUUUAUGGACACCCGUCCUUAUUCACAAAGUAAACUAAUGUCAAAGUGAGCUCCUAGGAGUCAAAGAAGAGGCAGUUCUGGCUGCCCUCCAUGUCCCUGCAUGUUCCUACAACAGGACAGGGGGUGCUGUGCCCCAGAACCUGCUCACGGCCACCUGUGCUCUGUUCACACUGUGUUUGGUCCAUGACCAAGGUCUCCCUAAGGAGCUACUAAUGCAAAGAGCAAUCACACAGUCAUCCCUCCAGCUGCUCCAACACCUGCCACCACGGAACUCAUCCAUUCUCCCAUCCACAGAGCUCCCAUCCGAGCCACCCAGCCCUGGAGCCAGAAACCCCAGGCCCCAGACCCCAACCCUGCCCCUCCCUGCCCCUCAUCAGACCACACUCUAUCCUCUGUGUCUCCCAGACCACUCCAGACUUCUCAGCUCCCCUCAGUCACCUCAUGACUUUUUCCAACCGGAACAAUCUCUUGCUUUCCUGGGAUAAACCUUACUUGGUCAAGAUAAUUAGGUUUUUAGUACAUUGCUGAAUUUAUUUCUUUAAUAUUUUAUUUAAAGGGGGUGGGGGAGGUAGAAGAGGGUAAAGAGAAUAAAUGGUGAUAGAAGAAAAAAUAUUUUAUUUAGGGUUUUUUACCUCAACUGAUACCUUUAAUUUUUCAUCUCCCACUGCCUACAGACACCCACUGGUGAAGGCCCAAAGUGGUAGGGCACCAAUGCCACUCUGUGACAAAGCUACUUUGCUGAAAGGGGUUACUGUCCCCCUACGCACACAGGCACACGUGUAUGUACACACAGGCAUAUGUGUGCCCACACACUUGUACUGGCACACGUGCACACAUACACAUGUGCACACACAUGCUCCUCCAGGUGGCCCUGACUGUGCACACAUCUGUGGGGACCACCCAGAGGGCCCGCCUCCAAGACAGGAGCACAUCUCCGGACAGCGGUCCUUCGCCACGAUUCGUAAGAAACACCCCUGAGCACUUGGCCACCACUACCGCUGAGACACCCCCAGUUCUGAGGGAAUCCACCCCCAGUGACCUCACCUUGCAGCCACCAUCACAGCCCUACACCCACCCUCCACUGCCCAGGCCCCAGUCACUUGCCCCCUCACCAGUGCUCACAGACCCCAGGUCCGCAGGGAGCCUGCUGGCCACCAGGAAUGGGCAGCCAAUUCCCGGAGGGGCAGGUACAGCCCUGAAGAAUUUCUGAGAAGUGAUGGUCACAUGACAUGUCCUAUCACAAGCCUACAUGCCUGAGGGGGCCACCCAGGUCUCCUCCCCCAGGACAGGCUCCCUGACACUACACUCAACAGCACUUAGGGACCUUUGACAUAAUCUAGUCCGAAUACAAAUGAGUUAAGUGUCUAGGUCCAAGUUAAAUGGUAGAAUAUUGUCAGUUAUUUCAACUCGAGGACAUAACUGUUAAAUGAGAAGAAUGAGACUCAAAAACAUAUAAAUAUGAUGAACUGACCCAGAAAAGAUGUGGGAAACCAAUAGAAGGAAGCACAUCACCUGUGAAAACGAUCCGCUUCUUUGAGUUUUAUUGUGCUUUUUCUCUGUGUGUGUUUUCCUAUUUUUCUACAUGUGUUCAUUUCUUUCCAGAGGUGUAUAAAUUGCUUUUACAAUCAAAUUCAACAUAUUUGUUUCCUGAUAUUAAUAAACUUGCCCAUUGAAAACAUUAA